UACCGGACUCUUUUGAUAUACACUGCCGUGUGUUUAUGAGCAAUUUACCGAGGUGAAGUGAUAAAAAACAUCCCAGAGAAUUUUUCAUUGUACCCAAUGGCAUGAGGGAGGGAGAUCAUCGGAGUCUAGAGAUGCUGAUGGCGAAAAAACCUGCCAAUUGAUUAAAUUGAUUCGUACUCAGCGAAAACUGACCAGUCUGUUCGUGAGUGCACAACUUGGUGGACCUCCAAAAAAUUAAUUACCGCAAGUGUGAAGAUAGUAAACAAGAGUGAAUGUCACUAGCUUCUCCCAUCGAAUAGUUUAGUACUCAGAUACCAUUCGCAGUGCCUGGAGAGUGCCUGACUUAAGAGGUGUUUCUUGCCCCUCUUCUACAUUCUCUUGCAAAAAUUUAUCACUCUAGUGCGGUCUCACCGGAAAAAUGCAGACUCUUGGAAAAGUGAUAGUUCCCCUUGUCAUCUUCAUCUUUGUUCGACAAAGCAUUGCUGCUCCAGCACCAGGAGUUGAAGGAGAUUCUCCUCUUCAAGUCAUCACAAUCCUCUCUCCCGAUGGAGCCCUGCCCUAUUCCCUACAUCGGAGCGACAGAAAGUUUCGGGAAGAAGACCUACCACCAGAGAAGGAUUCUUCAGAGAUUGUUGUGAUCCAACCCCUUCCUCCCAACUACCAUCAAGACCGACACCUUAGAAUGCUGGGUGUUUCCCCAAGACCUCGAGGUCAUGUGGUACCAGUAAACUUCGCCGGCGGAGCAUAUCCAGUGUACUAUGCCCUCGCAAGAGCCAACGGAAGCUUCGGAAGGAACAUUCGAGCUCUGCCUAAGGACGAACUCGAUAAUUUCAUUUCGUAACAUGUGGGACUCCCAUUUCUCCUGCCAAUAUAUUUAUUUAUUUUCACCGACUUCCCAGACACAGAACUCCAAUUCCGUGAACCUGUGAGAAUUUGAGAGUUGUGGCAACGUAAAUAGAAAGUGGCAACUCAUAGUGAAACCAAUGAAGCAAUAAACGAGAAUUUCGAUUAGAUAAUUCA